AUGAAGGGCGAAGGGAGUCCGGGGGCUAUCUAUACGGAACUUACGGAUGAUGAACGGGAGAAGAUCCUUGAAGUGAUACAACGAGAUUUCGCACUUCGGGAAAAUGAAAAGAAACGGCUCAAACAAAUAGAAGAAGGAGUUACCAACCAAGAACAGCAGAAGAAAGUACUUUGUCAGAAAAAGAAUUUCAACGAUAAUUUUUGUCCAUCUUGCUGUCGAGCGUUUGGUUACAUUUUCAACCGGAAGCAGAUAUCUGACAGUGAGUUACACUCUUACCCCCAGUUACUCGGUGAUCGCAACCCCUAUGACUUUGAUGAACAUCAAAAUCAUGAUUUGGAAAAUUCAGAACUUAACUCUUCCACAAGUUCUCGCUCUCUUGACCGAAGCAACCAUGGAAGCUACCACCAUCUGCCUCAAAGUCCAUCUCUUGAUAACGUUUCCACAACGAGCUUGUCCAAAGCGAAAUCUCUAGAUUCUAUCUCAAGUGAUAUUCUACCACCACGCCAGUAUCAACCCUGGAAUCUUCCAAUAAGAGAUAUAUCAAAAGUUCAAGAGAUACAAAUUGGUACACAUCCAAUCAGACAUGCAAAAAACAACCAUGGUUCUAAAAUAUUUCAGACAAAAGACAUUUACAAAGAAGCAUUUGAAAACACGCGGAAGAUUGAAGAGAAGAAGUUUCGGGUUAAGUUUGAUACUCUCCUUGGUCAGAUGCAGAAAGCUCUGGAAAAACAAUCCCAUGAUGACCAGUCAAAUAUUUCAUUUGGUGACAUAAUGGUUAAUUAUCGCAGCCGUAUUCGAGAAUUGUUGUCUGAUUUAUCACAGCGGUUACAGCUGGCUGUUGAGAACUAUCUCGAAGACGAUGAGAACUCUGCUGCUUCAUCACAGAAAGUUAAACAAAUUGUAUCUCGCUUGGUCGAGGAUCAUCUGGGAGAGUCUGUUGAUCUGACAUCUGAUGAAGCUGUAUCAGAUCUAUCAUCACUUUCUGACGACUCCUUCGAAGGUCACCAUUCUUAUGAGGACCAACUGGCACAGGCUGUUGUUUCUAAGGUUGUAGAAAAUCAAAGAUUGAAAGAUUUAACUAUUCAUUCUGGACCACUUGAUAAGAACUCCAUUAUUCCAAACUACCAACUACCACAAGAAAAUCUCAUCAGUCAAACUGCUGCCGUUAAUUUAAAAACACCAAAUAAAUCACCACCAAUUAGGAAGCCAUUAUGUCCCAAAUAUGUAGACGAACAAGUAAUAACUUAUGAACCACCUAUCAAAAAAUCUGUUGUUGAGCACAAGGAAUCAUCUAAUCUAAAGCUAGGCAGUGCUUAUGGUGAACUCUCUGGUAGACCCCUAAAUAAAGGCAUCAACUUAGAUGAUGUGGUAUUAGAUUCGCCAGAGAUUGAUCCAGAUUAUCUCUCCCUUAAUUUGCCUCCUAUUAAGGAAACUGCUGAUGAGGAAGACGUGAAAGAUGAAGAGAAUGUUGGACUGACAAAAUUUCGAGACCGGAAUUGGAUUCUUCGGAGACUGAAUACUAAUGCCAGUCUUGACGACAUACCAGCAAACCAUUCAGUCUUGGUACCGCAACCUGAAGAGAAUUUAUUUCCAAGAAUUGGAGAUAGAGAUGCUGAUGACUUGUCUGAUCUUUCUGAAAUUGAUGAGACUGAAAUAGAGGACCUCGAUAUACUCUCAACUGUAAAUAAUAUUUCUGAAAGUGUACCAAACUCAAUAGUAGCCACUUUCAAUAGUCCUUCUCAAACUGUCCCUAGUUCCAGGGACCUUUCUCCCAAAACAGACAUUUCUAAGACACAAAAUGAAGUAGACAGUUUGAAAUCAAAAAAUAUAAAUACUGUUGAAAACCUACCUGAACCUGAAGAAAAGUCAAUUCCUUCUGAAACUGGUGACCCCAAAUUUGUAAUUCCUCCUGUGAGCACAACAGGUGUUGAGGGCGAAGCAUUGAUUCUGAACUGUCGGGUUGAAGGGACCGAGCCUAUUGACGUGUUUUGGUUCCAUGUUGGAUAUGAAGUUGUGAAACUGGGAGACAGUGAGAAAUAUGAGAUUAAGAAAGAUGAACUGGACAGACACACGUUAACGGUGUAUCACCCUUCUAAAGAUGAUGCUGGACAAUAUAUGUGCAUUGCUGUCAAUGAUGUGGGAAAGUGUUCUGAGUAUUUUAUUGUGACACUCAACAAAAACACCCAGCCAAUGAAAAUUCCAGAACUGUUGAAGAAAUUCGAUGACAUCGAGGUGAGGGCAGGUCAGUUGGUGAGGUUUCGGUGUAAGGUCAAAGGAUAUCCUCCACCACGCAUCACAUGGUACAAAGAUGGCAAGAUUCUGAAGGAGUUCGGUAACUUGAAGUUGGUAUUCACUGUUGAAAAGCUACUUCAGAUAAACGACCGUGCGUUGCUUUUCAUGUCACUGAAACAUGUUUAA